AUCACUCCGGGCGUUUUGAGCUCUCCGGCUGAAGGAGCCUCUGCUUCCUUUGGCUGCCCCCGCUAGUUGUGAAAGUCGGAGAGCGUUUCACAGCUUGGGCUUUCAAAACAUCUUGGAAUAGCCGGGUGAGGAUAACGAAGGGGCUGCUGCUGCUUCGCAAGCCGAGCGCUGUGGUGCUGUGCAGUAGUGGAAGAAUAAUUUCUAUUUCCAUUCUGAUCAGUGGACCAGUCAAAAUGGCUGAAGUAACCAAGGCAGAAGAACAGCAAGUAGAGAAGAGUUUGGAAGAAGUGGAGAAAACACCUCCUGCUUUGGAGUCAGCUUCAGGUGUCGGGUGUGAAGGCAAUAGUUCUGCUGCAGGUACAGAGCAGUCCACUGAAAACGACAAAGACGUUGAUAGUGGUGAUCAGAACGGCAGAGCAAAGAGGAAGAAUGUUGAUUCUGAAGAUGAACCUUCUAAGAAAGUACAUGUGAUUGGUCAUGGGCAAGCUGUAGCUGCACAUUAUAAUGAACUUCAAGAAGUUGGUUUGGAAAAACGUAGCCAGUCUCGCAUAUUCUACCUCAGAAACUUUAAUAACUGGACAAAGAGUGUCCUCAUUGGUGAAUUUAUAGACCGGGUGCGACAGAAGAAGAGUGACAUAACUGUUCUGGAUCUAGGAUGUGGGAAAGGUGGAGACUUACUGAAAUGGAAAAAAGGCAGAAUUAAAAAACUCGUCUGUACUGACAUUGCUGACAUUUCUGUGCAACAGUGCAAGCACCGCUAUGAAGAAAUGAAAUCCCGAUGUCGGUAUAAUGAACAUAUUUUUGAUGCAGAAUUCAUACAAGCAGAUAGUACCAAGGAUCUCUUGUCUUCCAAGUACAAUGAUCCAGAUAUGCGCUUUGACAUUUGCAGUUGUCAAUUUGUUUACCACUAUUCAUUUGAGACAUAUGAGCAGGCUGACAUGAUGCUUAAAAAUGCUUGUGGGAACCUCUCUCCUGGAGGUUAUUUCAUUGGCACAACUCCAAAUAGCUUUGAACUUGUAAAGAGACUCGAAGCUUCAGAUACAAAUUCAUUUGGGAAUGAUGUGUACAAUGUAAAAUUUGAAAAGAAGGGAGACUAUCCCUUGUUUGGCUGCAAGUAUGAUUUUCACCUGGAAGAAGUGGUUGAUGUCCCUGAAUUUUUGGUUUACUUUCCCUUACUGGAAGAAAUGGCAAAGAAGCAUGGUAUGAAAUUAGUCUACAAAAUGACGUUUCGGGAAUUCUAUGAAGAAAAAAUCAAGAACGAGGAGCAUAAAAUGCUGUUGAGGAGAAUGCAGGCCUUGGAGCCAUAUUCUGCACAUGGUGAUUCCAGGCUUGUUUCUGAUAAACCUGAUGAUUAUGAGCAUGCAAAAGAGUUUAUCAAAGACGGCAAGGCAAAGUUACCAUUGGGAACCUUGAGUAAAUCUGAAUGGGAAGCAACAAGUAUUUACUUGGUAUUUGCAUUUGAGAAGCAACCAUGAAACUUCACAUACUGGAUGCAGCAAGAAGGGAUCAUAUCCACGUGCAAGUUGGAAUGAUCAGAAAUCCAUUGUGGCAACUAUUUUUUUAUUUUUUAUUUUUUAAUUAUCAGACGUGUGCAGGACACUACCAAAAACUAGAGCAAGCUCAUGAUUCAGAGUUACAUUGCCUGUCUGUGACAGAUGGACUUGUGUGUGUAUAUAUAAGAAAGAUUCUGAACCAGUCUUUUUAAGCAUUUGUAAGCAAUCUGCAUGCUCUCAAAACCUGUGUUUGAACUCACUUAACUUUGUUAGAAACAAAUGUUUUGUUUGUAGAAGUAUGUUUGUGAUUAUGAGCCUGACCCUGCACUUUCUGAAGUUAAUGGAAGAAUGUUGACUUCAAUAAUGCAGAAUGAGGGCCUAAAUACUGUUCUGCAGAGCUCAGUUAAU